AUGGAAGAAAAAGAACAGUUUCUACGAAGAGUCAUUGAACUUGUUCAUAAGAAAGAUGGGACAAAAUGUAUUGACUAUGACCCUAAAGAAAAGGCAAUCCGAGUAAUUAAACCCCAAGAAUUUAAAGAAUGUUUUGAAGGGGAUAUUAAUUGUCAAAACAUAAAAACAUUUUGGAAAAGAAUGAAAAGAUAUGGAUUUAAGAAGAGAAGAAUAGGAGGGAUUGAUUAUUUUAUUAAUGAAAUGUUUGAUCCGAAUGAGUCGAAGUAUUUAGAUGAUAAGAGACAAAUAAAUGAAUUAAAAGAAAUCAAUAAAGAAAAAACAAAAGAAAGAUAUGAAACAAUAAGAAAAGACAGUGAAUGUCAGAAUCAACAGAUAUUUGAUGAAAGAAAAAGUAAUGUUCCACCAAUUAUGAAAAUCAACUCAUCAAUAGAAUCUAAUGAAAAUGAACAACAAAUCAAACAACAAGUUUAUAAUGAAAUAGUUAAGAAAAUCAAAGAAAUAUUUACAAAAGAACAAAAUGAAACCGAUAAACAAAAAUUUGAUGAAAUAAUACUUCAUGAAAAAGAAUAUUUGACUAUAAGAAUUAAUCAAAUAAAUGAAAGAAUGAAUAUGAUAGAUAAAAAAAUUCAUUAUAUAAUGAAUUGUAUGGCAACAUCAGAAAUAGAAAUGUUAAAUAUUUGUCAUCUUGUUGAUGAAAUAACACAAAACCAUAGAUUUGGAUAA